AUGGCUCCUUCCAUCGAUCCCUCGCACAAUGACCCAUCUACAUUAAUCUUGAAGGAACCGGCUUUUGGAGCUUGCCAGGUUGAUUUCCGAGUAGUUCCAUACCUUUGCAGCCCAUGGACAAAGAAGGAGGGUGUGUUCGAUCGAUUCCACCUUAUCUCAACACAGAUCACAUACCGGAUCAGGCAUGUCGUUGUGGAGGAACUAGCGACGCUUAGAGCCACCGUGUAUACCUGCUCCAGAAAUGAAGCCGAAAUCAAUGAAUGCUUGAAAGAUUGGAAGAGCAAGAGUGUUCAGGUCGCAGGAUCGGCUUGCAACAAGUGGAUCCUUAUAAAUGACAUUAGGACCAACACUCUGAAGUCGACCAUGGAUUACACAACAGAAAAUUUUCCCUUCCUCGUGACAACUAAUUUCGAACUGGCUUACCAUCUAAGCCAGCUCGGACAUCCCCUUCUCAAGGCCUCAGGAGCUGGAAGAGCAAUGAACCGGUUGACCAAGAAUUUGGCAUGUGAAUGGGCUAAGGAAAACAUAAGAAGCAACUAUUUUGCACUACGAACCGAGCCACUAUUUAAUAACGAGAAGUUCCACAAGGAAGUGAUAGCAAGGACACCGAUCGGUCGCACCGGAGAACCGAUGAAAGUGCCGUCGUUGGUGGGAUUCUUGUCCAUGCCGGUAGCCUCUUACAUAAUGGGGCAAACCAUUUGUGUUGAUGAGGAUUCGCCGUGA